CUGCCUCACAGUCCACGCUGAAUCUCCCGCGAACGCAGCCAUUUACCUCUUUCCUCUCUCGGUGGUGCCACCGGUUAGCUGGUUCUCUACAUCUUUCUCUCGGAACAGGCCAUCCUAUUUUUGUUUCCAAGUUUGAGUUGUUCUGGUAAAUCGCAACCACGGCGGACUCAAUGGCACAGUGUGCACCGGUGGCGGUGUUUAAGCUCGUUUUGGUGGGAGAUGGAGGCACCGGAAAAACGACCUUUGUUAAGAGACAUAUUACAGGAGAGUUUGAGAAGAAAUAUGUUGCUACUCUCGGAGUAGAGGUGCACCCGCUGAUGUUCCACACCAACAGAGGAGCUAUCAAGUACAAUGUGUGGGACACAGCUGGUCAGGAGAAGUUUGGAGGCCUGAGAGACGGAUACUACAUUCAAGCUCAGUGUGCUAUCAUCAUGUUCGACGUCACCUCCCGAGUUACCUAUAAGAACGUGCCCAACUGGCAUCGUGACCUGGUCCGUGUCUGUGAGAACAUUCCCAUUGUCCUUUGCGGCAACAAGGUGGACAUCAAAGACAGGAAAGUCAAAGCCAAGGCUAUUGUGUUUCAUCGUAAGAAGAACCUGCAGUACUACGACAUUUCUGCCAAGAGCAACUACAACUUUGAAAAGCCUUUCCUGUGGCUAGCAAGGAAGUUAAUUGGAGACCCCAACCUGGAGUUUGUGGCAAUGCCUGCCCUUGCUCCCCCAGAAGUCCAAAUGGACCCCAACCUUGCUGCAAAAUACGAGCAAGAGCUUCAAGUUGCAUCACAAACAGCGCUCCCAGAUGAAGAAGAUGACCUCUAACCUGUUACCUUUAAUGUUCCCUCUCUCUCUCACCCCCUAACGUGGACAGGAAGUUUGUCGGAGUUUUGCCCCUUACUGUAAAAUCCCUUUUCAGAUUUUUUAUUUUUGAAUUUUUUUUUGUUUGUUUUAAAACUAAGGAAAAAAAAAUUGGUGGACAAGUUGUGGUUCUAAUUUCACUGUAUAAGACACACCCACCCUAGUGUUGUUGUAGGCAUGGCAACGUGCUACUCAUCAUCGAGCACCUUCCACUGCACUCACCCAGCUCACAUAAUGCUGUUGUACGGUGUACUGGAAGCACUAAGGGGAGUAAACUUUGAAUAAAAACAUUCUCAAUAUAA